GAGGGGUGGAGAAAGCGAGCGAGCUUCUUUCUUCGUCAAACUUUUCAAUCCAACUUUUCCCCAACUUCCGCUGCUCUCAAGAUCUGGAGAGCGCUAACAGCUCGGUUUUCUCGGCGAUCUCUUAGACCAACGCUUGCCCCCCUCUUCGAAAUAAAAAAAAUAAAAAUAUCAGGUGCAAGCAAGAGAUCGCCUCCCGCCCGCCUCCCCUCCGGUGCUCCUGAUUGAUUUUUGCAGGGGACGAGUAUUGUGUGGGACUUCUUUGGGGCGAGUUCCAUUGCUUUCAACCCCCUUUUUUUCUCGGCUCCUCCUUUUCCCCUCCUCCUGCCAAAAAAGGAGGGGGGAGGAAUGGGAGGCUCCAGAGCCGCCGGGCUAGCAAAAAGAAGGGAAUUGUUUGAGAGUUCAGUCAUCCAAAAACCCUUCUCCCAUACGGAGGGUCCGGCUGCCUCGACUCCCCAGCCAUUCUCUCCUGCCUGCAGUUUCUCCUUCCUCUUCCGCUGAGCUCUGAAGGAAAUCUGCAGAGAGAGAGGAGAGAGGAGAGACUCUCCCUCAAGUGCCGCGGCCACUUUUUCUCUCCUAAACCUCCUCCAUCCAGCUCCUCCGCUCCAGUUUCUUCCUCUGGGUGCACCACAAAGUUGAAUCUCCAUCUUUAAACUACUCUGUGGCAGCUUAUGGGAACUCCAUUCAGUAUCUUUUGCUCCAGACUUCUCUGCAUGGGAAGACCAUGAUAUCAGAGGAAAAGAGACCAAUGACUGCUCUCACUUAUUUGCUCUUGGCAUCUGCUUGCUGCUCUGCAAAUCUAGGUGAUUCUCUUCAAGUCACUGUUCAGCCUGCUUCUAUUAUCCAGAAGCAUGGUGGCUUGGUGACUCUGAGAUGUGUAGUUGAGCCUCUGAGAGUGAAUGUUACCUGGAGACUGAAUGGAAUGGAGCUGCCUCCAUCAGAUGAUGCUCUGGGGAUCCAUAUUGAUCAGAGACUGCUCAUCAUCACAGCAUUGAACAACCACACCGUGGGACGAUACCAGUGCAUAGCCCGUGUAUCUGAAGGUGUUAUUGCCAGCGUACCAGCCAUGGUGACAUUAGCCAAUCUCAAAGACUUCAAAUAUUACGGCCAACAUGUGAUAGAAGUUGAUGAGGGAAAUACAGCUGUGAUAGCAUGCGAUCUUCCUGAAAGCCAUCCAAAGGCCCAAGUUCGCUACAGUGUGAAACAAGAAUGGCUGGAAGCUUCCAGAGACAAUUACUUGAUCAUGCCAUCAGGGAAUCUUCAGAUAGUUAAUGCUAGUCAGGAUGAUGAAGGAACUUACAAAUGUGCAGCCUACAACCCCGUCACCCAGGAAGUGAAAACAUCUGUGUCUAGUGAGAGACUUCGUGUGAAACGCUCAACAGCUGAGGCAGCACGUAUAAUUUAUCCACCAGAAGCUCAGACCAUCAUUGUUACCAAGGGACAGAGCCUUAUUCUUGAAUGUGUAGCUAGUGGAAUUCCCCCUCCACGUGUCACAUGGGCUAAGGAUGGUUUCAAUGUCUCUAGCUACAACAAGACCCGGUUCCUUCUCAGCAAUCUCCUAAUCGAUACAAUCAGUGAAGAAGACUCAGGGACCUACAGUUGUAUGGCUGACAAUGGAGUGGGAGAAGCUGCAGCAGCAUUCAUACUCUACAAUGUUCAAGUGUUUGAACCUCCAGAGGUUAGCAUGGAAAUAUCUCAGCAGAUUAUCACCUGGGGCCAGAAUGCAAAGUUCACCUGUAAGGUUCGAGGUAACCCCCAGCCAUCAGUAGUGUGGCUGCGGAACGCAGUUCCUCUUUUCCCCAGCCAUCGAAUGCUGCUGACUCGCAGAGCCCUGAGAGUCUCCAGUGUGGGGCCUGAGGAUGAAGGAAUAUACCAGUGCAUGGCAGAGAAUGAAGUUGGGAGUGCGCAAGCCAUGGUACAACUGAGAAUUGCCAAGCCCGAAACAACUCCAAAGCCACCAUGGGGCUCAAUCACAGACUUGGCUCUUUCUGCCACAUCACCUUCCAGACUUACCAGCAGUGAAAAAGUGCUGAAAGAGAGAGCCAUCCUUCCAAGACCCAGGCCCACAGCACCAGCAGUGUCUGUGCAGUGCACCCCCAAAGAGUUUGUAUCUCCAGCAGAGGCCCCUGUCAUCCUCAGCUCUCCCCGGACUACCAAAACUGAUUCAUAUGAAUUGCUGUGGAAACCACGACAUGAUGGCCGAGCCCCUGUCCUUUACUACAUUGUGAAACAUCGGAAGGUAAUGAAUUCUUCUGAGAACUGGACAGUCCAGGAUGUCCCUGCCAAUCAACAUCAUCUGACGCUAAUGAAAUUGGAUCCAGGAAGUUUGUAUGAGGUUGAAAUGGCUGCCUACAAUUGUGCUGGAGAAGGGCAAACAGCAAUGGUGACCUUUAGAACUGGACGACGACCCAAACCAGAUAUAGUUGCCAGUAAAGAGCAGCAGAUUCAGAAGGAUGACCCAGGCACUAGCCCACGAAGCAGCAACCAGUCAGACAGUACUCGCCUAUCCCCACCAGAGGCCCCAGAUCGUCCUACCAUCUCUAUGGCAUCUGAGACAUCUGUCUAUGUAACUUGGAUUCCUCGUGGAAAUGGGGGUUUCCCCAUUCAGUCAUUCCGAGUGGAAUACAAGAAACUGAAGAAGCCUGGGGACUGGGGACUAGCCACAAGUGACAUUCCCCCUUCCCGUCUCUCUGUGGAAAUUACAGGACUAGAGAAAGGCACCUCCUACAAAUUCCGGGUGCGAGCAUUGAACAUACUGGGGGAGAGUGAGCCAAGUGCUGCAUCUAAGCCACAUGUGGUUUCAGGCUACAGCAACAGGGUAUAUGCACGUCCUGUCGCAGGACCAUAUAUCACCUUCACUGAUGCCAUCAAUGAGACCACCAUUAUGCUGAAGUGGAUGUACAUCCCAGCCAGCAAUAACAAUACACCAAUUCAUGGCUUCUAUAUCUAUUAUCGACCAACUGACAGUGAUAAUGACAGUGACUACAAGAAGGAUGUGGUAGAAGGUGACCGGUACUGGCAUUCUAUCAGCCACCUACAGCCAGAAACUUCAUAUGACAUUAAAAUGCAGUGUUUCAAUGAGGGAGGAGAGAGUGAAUUCAGUAAUGUGAUGAUCUGUGAAACAAAAGCUCGCAAAUCUGCAGGACUGCCUGGUCGUCUCCAGCCAUCUACUGUAUCUACAAUACAGCAUCCACCACUGAACAGUGGCCAUAAUAUCUUAGGGGCAGGAGCCAUGGUGGCCCGCUCCAGCGAUCUACCGUACUUGAUUGUAGGAGUGGUGCUGGGUUCCAUCGUUCUUAUCAUUGUGGCUUUCAUCCCAUUUUGCCUUUGGCGGGCUUGGUCUAAGCAGAAGCAGACCAUUGAUCUUGGCUUUCCUGGAGCAGGACUGCUUGUGUCAUCUUGCCAAUACACCAUGGUGCCACUGCGAGGGGUCUCCACUCAUCAAGCAAAUGGGCUGCGUUAUGCAAAUGGUGUACAUCUACCCACACACCAGGGUGCCAGUGGCCAUUUCCCCUCAAACACAAUUGCAUAUCCUAGUGCAAAGGCACAUGAUUACAAUCCAGAUGAAGUUCAUCAGCAGAAUGAGACCAAUGCUUUUCUGCAAGGGAAGGUGCUUCAAAAUGGAAAUAUUCCAGCAGAACACCAAAGAUCCCCUAAUCCUGCACCAGAACACAGUUCCUUUAUUUAUGGACUUCCAGAUGACUCUACACCACAACUGCUUCAGCAGUGUAACACCUACCACCAUCAUAAUGAACUUUGUGGCUUGUGUCACUCUGUGCCACAAAGGAAGGGCAACUCCAUUGUGGAAGAUACGAAGAAUCCUGUCUUCCAUACAGAUCCCACGUGCUGCUUUGGUCUAGCACCAGUGGAAGAUGUAGAGAGAACAGAUGUCUGCCUGGAGAGAAGACAAAUGUGGCCUCCAAAUCCAGGGGAUGCUUGCUUGGGAGAAAGCUCAGAGAAACAUCUAAACAGUCUGCCUCUGCAUGUUCCCUUAGAAACUAUUCCUUCUACCAGUUAGGGAACAAUCUGCCUUACAAAGACUAUUUUUAACAGAGAAAUAUUUAUUUUUGUAUUACAUCUCUAUUUAUAUAUUUAUGCUCUUGUAAAUAGAUGUAUAUGUGCUUUUUACAACAACAUGAAGUGAAGUGGGACCAUGUGGGGAGAGUAGAAAAGAGAAUAAUUCAAGGUUGAGGCAACAGCAUUUACCUUCAUAGACUGAAAAAGGCAGCUGUCGUACAACUGAGAAGGCAUCAGAGCUGUCUUACAGUAAUAAACCAAAACAUAAGGCUGAGGGCUGCAUUCUCCAGCUGCAACAAGGUGUAUCUUUACAUGAUUCACUUCUAGAAAGGAGUCAUUUCUUACCUCCCUGUAGGAGGAAGCUGACUGAAGAAUACUGAAUAAACAGAUAUAAAUAGAUACAAUACUUACAUUAACAAGCAUAUACAAUAUCAUACAGAGAUUCUGUGAUAGUUUGCCUGUAAUAAAACAAUGCCAUGCUUCUUCAAUAAAGGCUGUUUUUCCCCUUUGAUCAAACCUGCCUCUGC